AUGACGACGCUCCAGCCCCGCCCGCCUUACUCAGACGCCGAGCUGCAGCAGCUCUACCCGCCUCGCCUUCACCUCCAGCAGGUCCAGAUCCUCCUCCGCCACGGCGAGCGAACCCCCAUCAACGCCCGCUUCACAAACACCGGCCUGCCCGCCUACUGGCCCUACUGCAACGCCGUCCGCCACCUGCGCUCCGCCGUCCUGGGCCCCUCCGGCCCGGGCACCGAGUCCGGCUCGGGUCCGGGCCCAGGCCCAGGCUCGGCCAGCAACACCUUCACCGAGCUCCAGUGGCGGCGGCGCCUCGAGACGUUUGGCGCCGACGACGCAGCCAUCCCGGCCACGGGCCCCAGCGAUUCUCACAAGAUGGAGACGGACGGCAUCUGCGACUUUGGCAUGCUCACCGACCGCGGCCGCGAGACGACGUACGCCCUCGGCUCCCGCCUCCGCAAGCUCUACGUCGACCACCUCGGCUUCCUCCCGGCCAGCGUCCACGAUGCCGAUUUCCUCUACCUGCGCGCCACGCCCAUCCCGCGCGCCCUCGAGUCCAUGCAGCAGGCCUUUCUCGGCCUCUACCCUCCCCACACCCGCGCCGCAGACUUCCCGCCUCUGACAAUAAUCUCCCGCUCGCCCGCCGACGAGACGCUCUUCCCCAACGACAGCAACUGUCGCCGCUUCGCCGCCCUGUCGCGGGCCUUUGCCAAGCGCGCCGCCGAGCGCUGGAACGACUCCCCCGAGAUGGCCUACCUGACCAAGAAGCUCGGCAAGUACAUGCCCGAGGAGAGCCCCCGCGUGGCCGUCGAUGCAAGGCCCCGCCUCAGCGGCCUCAUGGACACGGUCAACUCGACGCUCGCCCACGGCCCGGCAACGCGGCUGCCCAAGGACUUUUACGACGCCAAGGCGCGCGCCAUCAUGGAGAAGAUUGGCGUCGAGGAGUGGUAUGCCGGAUACAAAGAGAGCGAGGAGUACCGCACGCUGGGCAUUGGCGCUCUGCUGGGCGACGUCACCGCGCGCAUGGUCAGCAGUGCCGAGCGCAACAUCUCGCCCCCGGACGAGGCCUUUAUGAGCCGCAGCGUACCUGAUACCGAACAAGGCGGCUUCCGCUUCGGCCUCAGCGGGUGUCACGACACCACCCUCGCCGGCGUCCUCGCCAGCCUGGGAGCCUUUGAAACCGACAACUGGCCGCCCUUUACAAGCCACAUCGCCAUCGAGCUCUUCCGCGACGCCGAAAACACCACCCCAUCACCUCCUCCAUCCUCAUCAUCAUGGCUGCCCUCAUUCCUCCGCCCCUCCUCCUCCUCCUCCUCCUCCAUCGGCCGCACCCCAACCCCAAACCUCACCGACAAGCAACUCACCUCCCUGCAAGGCUACUUCGUCCGCCUCCGCUACAACGACUCGCCCGUCACCAUCCCCGGCUGCAAGCUCCCCGGCAGCCACCUCCCCGGCGACGAGUCCUUCUGCACCCUCGCCGCCUUCAAGGCCAUUGUCGACAAGUUCACCCCGCGCGACUGGAAGCAGCAGUGCCGCAUGAAUAUCAAGGCGCCGGCUUUUCCGCAGAAGCCUGAGCCUGCUGGGUUUUAA